AUGACGACGAGAACCGCCCAGCAGAAUGGCGAGGGCAAAAAGCCGUGGCGACAAGCCGCAACCAUCCUGCGCGAGAUGAUCAACGACCCGGAGAAAAUCGUCGUUUGCCCCGGUGUAUACGACGGCUACACAGCGCGCAUAGCCCUGGAUAUGGGCUUUGACGCGCUGUACAUGACGGGCGCGGGGACGGCAGCGUCUCGGAUAGGAGCACCGGACUUGGGAAUCAUCAACAUGAUCGAAAUGGCCGGCAACGCCAGCAUGAUCGCCGGUUUAGACUGGAGAGUGCCCGUGAUCGCUGACGCCGACACCGGGUUUGGCUCGUCGUUAUCCGCAGCGCGGACGGCAAAGACCUACAUCGAGGGAAACGUAGCGGCGCUGCACAUCGAAGACCAGGCGUUCAUCAAGCGCUGCGGCCACCUGCGCAACAAAGAACUCGUCUCCCUGGACACCUACCUGACGCGCAUCCGCGCCGCCAGCAUGGCGCGCGAGGCCUCGGGCCGCGACCUCGUCAUUAUUGCGCGCACCGACUCUCUCCAGUCACUGGGCUUCGACGAGGCGAUUCGCCGAUUAAAGGCCGCCCACGAGGCCGGCGCCGACGUCGCGUUCUUCGAGGGCCUUGUGUCCAAAGAACAGGCUCGCGAGGCGGUGAAAGCCCUGCACCCGAUCCCCUGUCUGCUGAACAUUGUUACCGGCGGGGUCACGCCGGUCAUGAGCGCGCAGGAGGCCAAAGAAAUCGGCUUCAAGAUCGUCAUUUGGUCCAUUCUGUCCCUUACUGAGGUCUAUAAUUCGACGCGGCGCGCGAUGAAGGAGCUUCGCGAUACCGGCAUCGUGACCGAGAGGGAAGACAAAGCGGGGGGUAUCUAUGACAUCUUUAAAGUUGUGGGGAUCAACGAAAGCGCAGAGUUUGAUGCUGCCGCCGGAGGUGUUACUCUCAAAGGCGGGUUUUGA